AUGACGGGAGUGGCGUUACGACGGAAUAAGUUAGUGGUGCAACAAGAAAUAAGGUUCGAGCAAGAGGAGAUGAUCGAGGAGCAGGAAGCGUUGAUAGACGAGCACGAGCCUAGCGCGAUGGAGGGCUGGCAGGAGGACAACGGACGGCUGUUAUUGAUCGAUGGCCAUCCUGUAGUGUACCGGGCUUACCACCAGAUAUCAGCGCGGUUACACCACAGCGGUUACAACACCUUCGCACACGACGAGGACGUCAUGGGCACACUCUUCAAAUCCUUCGAGCAGAUCGUCAACCUUCUAGCGAUGCUCCCAACACACGUAGCACUGGUGUUCGACCAUGGGGACCCCACGUUCCGCCACGACUCCUUCCAGGGAUACAAGAGCACGCGCCCGCCUCGCCCUGACGCCGUGUCACGAGCCAUGGAGCUCAUGCAGGCUGCUCUGCGCGCGCUGGAGCUGCCUUCCUUUGCGAUAUCCGGGGUGGAGGCGGACGACGUGAUUGCGACUCUCGCAACAGAGGCGCUGCAGAAUGGCAUGAAGGUGCGCAUAGCAUCGCCUGACAAGGACUUCUUUCAGCUGCUCUCUCCCAACCUCAAGAUGCUGCGACCCACACAACGCCCCAAGCGGGGCAGCCCGCGCUACCCCACGUCGCACUUCUACACAUACGCGGAGGAGGACUUUCGGAGGGACUGGGGUGACGUGGAUCCGCCGCUCUUUGCUGACAUCCUCGCCCUCAUGGGUGACGUCAGCGACAACAUUCCCGGGGCGCGUGGCAUUGGCCGCAAGAACGCACCCAAGCUCGUCCGCAAAUACGGGUCUGUGGAACAAAUACUGGAGCGGCCUGAGCAAAUAUUGGACAAGAGGGGAAGAGAGGCAGUGAUAGCCAGCAGAGACUCUAUAAUCCAAUCAAAGGAACUGGUGUCGCUCCGCAUGAAUGUGCCACAUGGGAAGUCAUGGGACGACCUCCGCUUUCACCCACCCGCAGAUGGUGGUAUCCUGCUCGCGCCUGCCUCCCCACCUCGCUUCCACUCCCCCCUGCGAAAUGCUAGCCCCAACCCCGGGCCUGCCAGUAGAGGCUUCGGUCGUGGUCCCUCUGGCGCCGCCUCUUCGUCGUCCUCCUCGUUCAAUCAGCUAACUCUACUCGCCUCUGGCGACGAUGGGUCAGGAUCCCCGGUUCCAUCAUCAUCAGGAGCACAAUUCGCAGGAGGAGCAGGAGGAGGGGUAGGAAUGGGAAUGGGUAGCCGUACCCCCAUGACCGCCCCUCCUGCUUCUCGCAGCCGCAUGGCUGCUUACUCCUCUCCCUCCCCAGACCCUCGUUACCCCAGUCCUGGUCACUCAUCGGGGUAUGACUCAGAGUCAUCCCCCUCCGUUGCUGACGUGGCAGCUGCGGCGCUGUCUGACGUGUCAGAGGAGGAUUUGCGGACGAGAACCCCGGUGAUGGUGGGGAAGCGGGCGCUGAUGGGAGUGGAGGGCAUGGGCAUGUCGGGGUCGCCUGGGUUCCUGUCAGGGUUCAUAGCGUCUCGCCCCAAAAACGACCGCGCUGAGAUGCUGGACCCCAAGUUCUACCUCGAGUCGUUUGACGCAGUGAGGGCGGAGCUGGAGCAGCUACCGAGCGACACAGUGGCGCUGCAGCAGCUGGGCAUGCACAGCGGGCGGCGGCUGCUGCAGCUGGACGUGAUCACGGAGCAGCUGGCAACGCAGGUCAUGAACCACCACCAGAAAAUGGUGCAAGGAAUGCAGCUGGUGGGGGAGCUGGACCGAGAGCUGCGGGUGGUGUCCGUCAUCUGCCGGAAUGCGAGGAGGCAUCUGAACAAGGCGAUGGAGGAGGUGGCAAGCGACCUGGUGGUGGCUGCCAGUGUCAACAAGAAGAAGAUGCUCACCAGCAUGCUGCCAGUGCUGAUGCGCAUGCAGCUGGUGGUGGACGUGAGGGGCCGCAUGGAUGCGUGCAUCGACGAGGGCGACUUCGCCCGCGCGCUGCGCCUCUGCUCGCACUGCCUCGUGCUCAUCGAACAGAACGCGCAGCUGGCUUCGAUACGAGACAUGAACAUCAGCAUUGAGGAGUGGCUCACCCGAGUGGUGGACCAUGUGGAUGCUCUGCUCUUCACUGUCUGCAAGUCCUUCGACUCGCCUUCUUAUGCAGUCGUGAUUGAUGCGUAUGCAGUGAUGGACGAUGCGGCCACGCUGGCCGACAAGGUGCAGAACUUCUUUGCACAGUCGGUCGUCACCUGCACCUACGACACCCUGCUGCAGUUCCUCGAGCAGGCAAUGGGGGAGGAUGACGGGCACAGAAGCAGGCUGGCCUAUAGUGAGCUGUGUGUGGAGCUGCCGGACGGCGUGUUUCGUCUGUGUCUGCUGCGCACUCUGGGUGUGCUCUUUGACCUGUUCGCAUCACACCACCACAUGAUGACGUGGCGUCACCCCUACGUCAAGCGCCCCAACACCAUGUCCAUGGACCGCUUCCCCCGCAUGGCAGCACCAGACCCCGUGUGUGCCUCGGCGCCUGUCUCUGCCUCCUCCUCCGCCUCCGACCUCCCCCAACUCGCCCGCGUCCCCACUCCACCUCACGGCCUUCCCCGCUCUUCCUCCGUCUCCGUUGCUUCUGGUAGUACUGCUGCUGGUGUUGGUGCUUCUAGUGGUGCUGGUGAGGCAAACGGGGCUGCAGCUUCUGAGGGCGCUGCAGCAGGUGGUGAGGGCAGGGCACCCGGGGAGUCACGAGAGGGGUUGCAUGCGAGGCGGAGGAGCCAGAGCUUGGUGAUCGAGAUCCCUGGGAGUGGUGAGCAGCUGCAGGAGAAAGUCGAGGAGGGGGAUAGUGAGAGGGACAAUGGGGCUGAACCAGGGAAGGUGCAAGACGGGGAGAGAAACAGCGGGAGUGAGGGCGCUGGUGGGUCAGACGGGCAGAGAUCAGGUGUGCAGAGGACAGACGCACAGAGGUCCAGUUCGGAGAGGACAGAUGCACAGGCGCAGCAGCAGACGGGGCACGCGCAGUUGCAGCAGCAGAGGCGGCAGGUGAGGCGGUCGUCAAGUGAGGGGCACAACGAGGCAUGGGGCAGCGCCGGUGCUGCUGCUGCUGCUGGUGCUGAGGCUCUGGUGAGAGACGGCCGCCCUCCCAUCCCCUCUGCAGGGCCUUCUGGGACAGAAGCAGCCGGAGGAGGCGGAGGAGGAGGAGGAGGAGGAGGAAGGGGGGGUUUGGGAGAAGGCAUUACGGCAGCAGCUGUCGCAGCAGCAGCCGCAGCAGCAGCAGGCGUUGGUGUUGGAGGUGGAGACGAUAGAAGCAGAACUCGGGGUGGGGGAGGGGGAGCGGACAUGGCACUGAGAACAGACGAUGUGAUGAUGAUGGGGAGUGACUUUAGAGAGGGGUCGCUGGCAGACCUGCCGCCCAACGUGGCGCGUAAGAUGCGCGUCAGCACCACGGCUGCCGUCUGCCGCGCGCUGCAGAAGAAUAGGAAGGCCGUGUGGGAGCUCGCAGCUCGCAGGGUGGGUGCGCUGCUUGCUGCGCCCGCACUCUGCUCGGGGUCCUCUCAGCAGUUCCUCCAGUGCCUGGAGUGGGUGGACAAGUUCGCAGCAGUGGGAGAGGCAUUUACUGGGGUAGAGGCGGCGGGGCUGCGAACCAAGAUGGUGAAGCAGAGCGAGGUCUACUUCAACACCUUCCACCGCCAGAACCUCAAGCACUCCUCUGAGGAGGCGUACUUCGACGCUUCCCACCACCAGAAGAACCGCAAGUCGUCCUCCUCUUCAGUAGGGGGUAGAGAGAGUGGGGGAGCAGAGGGUGUGAGUUCGGGUGGUGAGGGAGCGAAGGAGAGAAGGGAUUUCCGAGAGUGGUUGGAGCGAGGAAACCCGUUUGCAGCAGUGGAGGCAGGGGAGGAGGAGGCAGCGGAGGGGAGGGAGGGAGGGGAGAGAGCGGAGGGUGGUGAAAGGAGCAGGAGCGGGAGUGGCGGAGGGACUGGGGGCAGGGAAGGGGGAGCGGGAGCUGGGUCUGGUGGCGCUGCAGUGUCAGCAUCAGGGGCAGCAGCAGGGACGAGGGAAGGUGGAGACGGGAGCAGCAGAGGGCAAGCAGGGAACCCGCAGGGACGGAUUCUUCCAGGGGGGCGAGCAGAGUCAGACAGAGGAAGCCAAGGAAACCGGAGCCAAGCCCAAGCGAGGGGAGGAGGAGUGAGGGGCAGGGUCAGUGCAGAUGGUGAUGGGGUGGGGGAGGGAGAGGAGGACGAGGACGAGAGGGAGGAGCUCAUGGCGGAUUAUAUCGACGAGGAGGAGGUGGGGGUGUCGGCGGCUGUGCUGGCGGGUAGGGGCAGGCGGAGGUCGGAGGAUGGAGGGGGGGAUGUGGGGGGGAGAGGCGGGCUGGAUACAGGCCUGGCGCUCACUGGCGCUGCUCUCACUGUCAUCAGGCUCAUGGAUCGUUACACGCGCCUCAUGGGGCUGCUGCCUCCCAUUGCUUCCGGGAUCUUCGCUGGUCUGUGUCAGCUGUUUGACCUCUACCUCGUGACAGUCUUUCGGCUGUUUGGCAGCCCUGAUGCCGUCAGCACCCUGCGCUCCUCCGACCCCGCUGCUGCCGCCCUCCUGACCCCCAAGCUGCGCACCACGCUGGCACGUGUCGCGCAGGGAUUGGACGACGCGCGCAACAAGCCCAUCUCGUCCCUAUCCCCCACCGGCACUCCCUCCGCGACUGGCGCAGCGGCAGCAGCAGCACUGGGAGAAGCAGCUGCCGCGGCUGCAGCAGCAGCAGUGGAGGCGGUGGGGGGGGUGAUUGGUGGUGGGAGCAGUGGCAGCUUGGCAGGGGGCGGUUCGAACAAUGUACUGGUUUCUUCUUCAAACAUGUUUGGACUAAAGGAGCGCUGUGUGGCGAUGGAGUCACUCAUGUGGCUGACAGACAUGCUGCGGCAGACCAAGCCGCGCUUCCAGUCGCUGCUCGCCCCGCCUGCCUGGACCGCCAUGGACGUCUUCUAUGCGCGCACGCUGGACGCUGUACCAGACCUGUGGGAGCAUGUGCUGCGCACGCUGGUGAAGCUGCUGCUGAACAUAGCCGGCACGGCGGACCGCAUCGCCGCUGUCAACUGGGAGCCGGCUGACAUCGGCACACAGCACAACAUCUAUGUGGAGAAUCUGGUUGCGGAGUUCCGCCUCUUCGCCCACCGCCUGGGGCAGUCUGGAGCGCCUCGACAGGUGCAGGACCAGCUGGUGGCAUAUGGGCUGGACGAGCUCUGUGAUGUGAUGCUUGAUGGCAUCUGCCGGGUCAAGAAGUGCAACAGCAAUGGCCGCGCCCUCAUGUCCCUUGACCUUCAGGUGCUGGUGCAGGGUCUGCAACCCAUAGUGGGGCGGGGGGCAGUGAAGGGCCUGCAACUAGUCGACAACUACAUCAAGGUGUGUGCUCUCUGCUCGCCCUGCUUACCCUGCUUGCCCCGCUCGCCCCUCUCUACCUGCUUCACUCUGCUCUCUCUGUUGCCGGCUGGUUGCGUGGACAAUGAAGGGCUGUGA